GCGGGGCUUAAGUGGGCAGCGUUUCCUGUCAUGUUUGAAAAGUAGUGAACGCUGGACUCAAAUAAUUAUCAUAGAAAAGAAAAUGUGAGGGACCUUAUUAAACAAGAAAUAAAUCAAAGAACUGGUAAAGUUAUGACGACACAGUGAGAGAAUGCAGCGUGUGCAGCUAAAAUCUGUUUGACGACUCAGUUUUUCACUGGAGCUCGUGAAGGACACUGAUCUUCAUAAAAGUGAUAGCUUUUCCUAAUCACAUGUGUCUUUACUUCAGCUGUUAAUGGCACACCAGUCUUGGUUGGAGUGUUCCCUGCAGCGCUCUGCCAGUCUCGGCUUGGAGGUGCUGGAGCGAGCCUCCAGGCGGAGUGUAGACUGGACCAACACUGGUGCAUCUCAAACCCCCACAACUUCUGAUGAAAACCGUCGCAUUCCUGUCACGAGAGCCCACACAGAGCUUAACGAUGCCUUUGCAACAAUUGCAGAGUUCAUGGCGCAGACAACCUAUCACUGCAAGAAGUUCUACGAGUCUGGCUGUUGCACUGACCCCACUGAAAGUGAAAGAAACCAUAUGUCCAGGUUCCACACACAACCAGGAGUUGUAAGGCCAACAUCAGCACUUCCAACCAGUAAACACAUACAACAUGUGGGCCGUGUCUCUGCGAUGGGUGAAGAUUUUUACAUCGAGGUUUCACCAGGAGCGUACGCCAUCACUGCAAGUUUGCCGGAGUCACAGCAGCAGACUCGGCUGGUCAGCAUUAAAGCUGGAGAGAGUAUCAACCUCACCUUUAACCUCUGACACCUCACCUGACCAAAUAAGCUCUCUGAACGUCUAAUAACAAAACUGACCAAAUGCUAAAGCUGUUUGUGUGUUUCUUGCCUGUUUUUAUUUUGCUAUCAAGAUGUUUUGUAUGCUGCGCGCUGAAUAGCCAUAUUUUUCAUACAUGUUAUUUGCUUAUUAGAUUGCAUGUUAAAAUUUUGCACUUCAUAAUGUAAUAUACUAAAAACAGUGUUUACCUGCACUAAUGCCGCUAUAGUGUAUUUAAAAGUUUUUUUU